AUGAGAGGAACUCAGCUAGAAAAGUUGAAGACCUGGUAUGAAGGUCCUCCAUUCCUGAAAUGCCUAGAAGAAGAAUCACCCAAGUUUAAAGAGAAUCCCAAGGGAUAUGGUGAAGAAUUGUCAGAGGAAAUGAAGCCGCUCAACAAGUUCAAAGCUGUGAACACCCUAAAACAAGUAGAUUGCUCAGCCACAUCAAUGGAGUCAAAAGGAAACCCUAUUUUGGAAUAUUUGUUGAAUUAUUGUUUGACGUUCGCCAAGGCAAGGAAAACUUUGGCCUACGUUCUACGAUUCACCAACAACACAAGGUUGAAAAUAAAAAAGAGACACCAUUUUAUAGAAGAAUUGAGAGAAUCUAAACUGUGGUUAUUCAAAUGGAGUUAA